UCCAUCCGACUUCCCAUUCCAAACCACGUGUGCUUGCUGCGUGCUCCUGGCAGCUGGUCCAGGCGGAGGUUCUAGCUGGGUGGCAUGGCGAGCAAGGGGCACUGCCUGCGUUUUGAGGGCUGCAAUUUCUUCAGACAGCGGCUUGUGCUGUCCACCUUAAGCGGGAGACCGGUGAAGAUCCAGGGCAUCAGGGUGAAGGAUGAGAGCCCCGGAAUCAGGGACUUUGAAGCAAGUUUGAUCAGAUUGCUGGAUAAAAUCACCAAUGGAACUAGAAUAGAGAUCAAUGAGACAGGUACUUCCUUGUACUAUCAACCUGGCCUUCUUUUGGGUGGAACUUUGGAACAUGACUGUAAUUUACAACGCUCUAUCGGCUAUUACUUAGAAAGUUUAAUCUGCCUCGCUCCUUUUAUGAAGCAUCCAUUAAAAAUUACCCUUCGUGGUAUCACCAAUGAUCAAAUUGACCCCUCGGUUGAUACUCUAAAAGCCACAGCCAUUUCUUUGUUAAAAAGGUUCGGUAUAGAUGGUGAGCAUUUUGAGUUAAAGAUUUUGAAAAGAGGGAUGCCACCUGGAGGAGGUGGAGAAGUAAUAUUUUCAUGUCCAGUAAGAAAGGUUCUCAGACCAGUUCUUCUGACGGAUCCUGGCAAAAUUAAGCGUAUCCGAGGGGUGGCAUAUUCUGUUCGUGUGUCACCACAAAUUGGCAAUAGAAUAGUAGAGUCUGCAAGAAGCAUUCUGAAUAAGUUUCUCCCAGAUAUUUACAUACACACAGACCACCUUAAAGGGGCAAAUUCUGGGAAGUCUCCUGGCUUUGGUCUUUCUCUAGUGGCUGAAACAACUGAAGGCUAUGUAAUGAGUGCUGAUCUUGCAUCAAACCCACAGGGGCAGGGAGUCUCUGUACUCCCAGAAGAUUUAGGCAAGAACUGUGCUAAGCUGCUUUUGGAAGAAAUCUAUAGAGGAGGAUGUGUAGACUCUGUAAAUCAAAGUUUGGUUCUUCUCCUCAUGACUCUUGGACAGCAGGAUGUUUCCAAAGUCUUGCUGGGACCUUUGUCUCCAUACACGAUUGAGUUUUUGCGACAUCUGAGGAGCUUUUUCCAGAUCAUGUUCAAGAUUGAAAGCAAAACAUUUGAAGAACGUAAAGGAUCAGAGAAAGUGCUUAUGACCUGCGUUGGUGUUGGAUUUUCCAAUCUCAGCAAGACAAUAAAGUAAUGCAGUCUAGUUCUCUUUGCAUCACACAGACUGAUGUACUUCAUGCCCGGGAGUCAAAAUUUUGGGAUUACUAUGCGGUAUCACUUGGGAACUGUAAAGAAGCACACAAGAAUGUAAUUUCCAAAUGACUAGGACUUGGACCACUCGUACCUCAUCAAUAAAAUGCUGACCUUCCAAACACACCGAACAUCUAAGCCUCUACCACCAAAUGUUCACAGAACCUCUAACAAAAUAUAAUAUAUCCAAGACUGUUAGCGAGAAUUUUUUUUUAGUAAUGUAUUUAUAUUCCCUGUUGCCUUUUAGUUGGGAUACACCCUUGGAUAUGUAAAUAUUUGUUAGAAUCAGAUAGUAUUUUACAUUCUGUAGAAAAUGACAUUUUGUAAAUGUUUGGUAAAUAAAAUGAAAAAGAAAAGAA